AUGAUGAAAAUCCGGACAUAUGGAUUGUUUAUCAGUGACUAUGCAUUUUCAACACAGGAAAGUGACUUACCAUUUCACAGGUUUCCUCUAAAGCACCCAGAGCUGCUAAAGAAGUGGAUUACUUCCGUGAAGCGGAAAGAUUUUAAACCUACGUCUUGCAGUUUUCUUUGCGGAAACCUUUUCCGGCAAGAUGAUUACGUAGUGAGCCCUGGAACGUGGAAGAAACGUCUCAGACACGAAGCAGUGCCAUCAAUUUUUGACUUUCCGACACAUUUGAUGCCACCAAAUAAACAGCCACGACGACAUGUUAGGAUUUUGAGUGACAACGAUGCUUCUCCAUUUGAGAGUGCAGUUGGUUCUCAAGUAAUUGAUUGUGGUAUACAGUCGAAAGUAGAAAUGGAAGACAAGGCGACCAAAACUUGCAAUUUUUUCUCAGACAUUGUGCACGAAUUAAAACGUUAACUGAAAUGUGAAGUGUGUCCGUGAAAAACUUCGAAGAAGAGAGAAGAAAGUGUUUUCCAUGGAUGACAUCAUAAGUUCAUUGAAGGAG